AGGACUUUUCUUCAAUUUCGGUAUAAAUACCACCAUUGUCAACAUCUGAAUCCACACACACCCUUUUUCAAAAGUCUUUCCUCCCUUCAUUCUUCAUUUCUUUCAUUCUUUUUCCUCAUUUUCUGGGCUUCUUCUUUCACAACAAUGACUAUUCUCAUUGAGCAGCCUGAUCUUGAUUCAAACUUUGGAGAGAAGAGUUUAUUUCAUGCUGAGAACAACAAUGAGCUCGUUUUGGAUGGUGGAUUUCCACUUCCAAAAUCUGCAUCACAGAAUGGAUUUAUAGCCCCAGAAGAAAUCAACUCAUUUGGCCACUCUUUCAGAGAUUAUGAUGCAGAAAGUGAGAGGCAAAAAGGCGUUGAGGAGUUUUACAGGCUUCAGCACAUCCACCAAACAUAUAGCUUUGUGAAGAAAAUGAGAGAAGAGUAUGGAAAAUUGAACAAAGGAGAGAUGGGGAUAUGGGAAUGUUGUGAGUUGUUGAAUGAAGUUGUGGAUGAAAGUGAUCCUGAUUUGGAUGAACCUCAAAUUGAGCAUUUAUUGCAAUCUGCUGAGGCAAUAAGAAAAGAUUAUCCUGAUGAAGAUUGGUUGCACUUGACCGCUCUUAUUCAUGAUCUUGGAAAGAUCCUUCUCCUUCCUCAAUUUGGUGGACUUCCUCAAUGGGCUGUUGUUGGAGAUACGUUCCCUCUUGGCUGUGCUUUUGAUGAAGCAAAUGUGCACCAUAAGUAUUUCAAGGACAACCCAGAUUACAACAAUCCUUCUUACAACACCAAAAAUGGCGUCUAUUCCAAAGGUUGUGGACUUGAUAACGUGGUCAUGUCAUGGGGACAUGAUGAUUAUAUGUACUUGGUUGCUAAGGAAAACGGCACCACUUUGCCUCCAGCAGCUUUGUUCGUUAUCAGAUAUCACUCUUUCUAUCCUUUGCAUAAGGAAGGUGCAUAUAGCCACUUGAUGAACGAAGAAGAUGUUGAGAAUCUGAAGUGGGUCAAAAUAUUCAACAAAUAUGAUCUGUACAGUAAGAGCAAAGUUCGUGUAGAUGUGGAAAAAGUGAAGCCAUACUAUCAAUCCCUCAUUAAAAAAUAUUUCCCAGAGAAACUCAGAUGGUGAAACUUGAAGAUGUUGAAGAAGAAGCUUAGAUGGAGGGGAACUUGUGAAGAUGUUG